AUGGCGCUGCCCGCGGGCGGCGCGCCGCCACUCCUGGAGCAGUUGCAGUGGCUGCGGAGCUGCCGGUGCUGGACCGACGCCUUCGGCGCGCGCGUCGACGCCGAGGCCCUCGGCCAGAGGGUCGGCCCGCCCAACGGCGCGGAGGUGCUCACACUCGCCUGCGAUUGGGAGCCGCUCUGGAAGCGGGCCCGCUCCAGCCGCCUCUGCGGCGGCGAGCACGGGCACCCAGCGGCACUGCCGCAGCCAGGGCACCCGGCGGCAGUGCCGCAGCCCAGCCAGCCGGCGGCGCGGCAGGCGGCGGGUCACCCAGCGGCGUGGCAGCAGGCUUCAGGUUCCCCCCCCGCGGCGUGGCAGCAUGCUGCAGGUCACCCACCGGCACCGCACCCGGGGCACCCGGCGCCGCAGUCGACGGGGGCCCCGCCGCCGCUCGCGCCGGUGGCCCCGGCGGGCGCCCUGGAGCAGCUCGCGUACGGCGGGGCGUCGGAGGCGCUGGUGCAGGAGCUGCGCGCAUGGCGCAGCGGGCGCGCCUCCGCCUCACGCAAGAGGUUCCCCGAGCUCACCAACAAGACCCUGGAGAGCAUCGCCUCCGCCGUGCCGACCACGGACGCCGAGCUGCUGGCCGUGCCCGGCAUCGCCCGCAAGAAGGCCGACGAGCUCGGCCCCGAGAUCCUCGAGAUCUGCCGCCGACACGCCCUGGGGGGCGGCCAGCGGCCGCCCGCGACGCCGCAGGUGGUGCCGGCGUCGCCGUGGAUGGAGCGCCCCGCGAAGCGCGCGCGGCAGGGCGCGCCGCCGCCCCGCGGCGGGGUCGCCGCGUGUGCCGCGGCGGGCGCCCCCGCGGCGGGCGCCCCCGCGGCGGCACCCUCGGCGCGUGUCGAGGCGGGCAUGCUGACGGGCGAGCAGCGCGCAGCGGCCGAGCGGGCGCUGCGCGGGGAGAACCUGUUCAUCACGGGCGCUGCGGGCACCGGGAAGAGCUUCUUGCUGAGGUACGUGGUCCAGGAGCUCGAGGCGAAGAUGGGCGGCCCAGGCCGGCUGGCCGUCACGGCCCCCACGGGCCUCGCCGCCAUCAACGUCGGCGGGGUCACGGUCCACUCCUUUGCCGGCAUCGGAAUAAUGCAGCAGGAUGGCGUCGGGAACAUGCACAGGUACAUGGCCGCGAGGAUAGGCAACAGCAAGGUCUCGUCGCAGCGCUGGAGGGACACGGAUGUGCUGGUUAUCGACGAGAUCUCCAUGCUCGCGCCCGCCUUCUUCGACCAGCUGGAGGCCGUCGCCCGCCAGGUGCGCCGGCGGAGGGACCCGCCGGCCCCCUCGGCGGCAUGCAGCUGGUGCUCUGCGGGGACUUCCUGCAGCUCCCGCCGGUGGAGGAGGACGCGACCCCGCCCGGCGGCUGGUCCUUCUGCUUCCAGACGCCAGCCUGGGGCCGCUGCAACCUCGCCAAGGGCACGGUGAUCUUGCGGGAGCCCGUGCGCCAGGCUGGCGACCCCGCAUUCGUGAAGGCCCUCAACGCCGUGCGCGCCGGGAGGUGCCCGGACGACUUGCUGCAGCAGUUGCGCAGGCACACGGUUGGUUGCAAGCCGCCGCCCUCGGGCGACGUGACUCCGACGAAGCUGUACAGCGCCAACCGCGACGUCGACUCCGAGAACGCGGCGCGCCUCCGCGAGAUCCGCGAGGAGGAGGUUGUCUACCCUGGCUACGAUACCUUCAGCACGACGCGAGCGGGGACGGAGGGCGCAGUCCCCAAGCGUGAGCAGGUGAAGUUGACAGAGAUGUUGAACAAGAAGGUGCCUUCCGAGCUCCGGCUCAAGCGGAGGGCUCAGGUGAUCUUGCUGAGGAAGCAGCAGGGCGAGCCUUCCCUGGUCAACGGCAGCCGGGGCGUGGUGGUCGACCUGCACGACAACGCCGCCACGGUCGCCUUCGACAACGGCAAGACUUAUCUGGCGACGGGACACCGGCUUCGUCCAGAAGGGCGUGAGCUACAGCCUGCGGCGGAACCAGUUGCCCCUCCGCCUCGGCUGGGCGCUGACCAUCCACAAGGCCCAGGGCAUGACCCUCACCAGGGCGGAGGUGCAGCUGGGGGAGACCUUCUGCCACGGGCAGGCCUACGUGGCCCUGUCCAGGCCGGCGCGGGCUGCGGCCCAGGGGCCCAAGUCCAGGGCCCGUUUCGAUCCGAUCGACUUGAGCUUUAUUGUGAAGGCCUUGCGGCCGGUGCCGCCGACCCAG